CGCUUUUUUUUCUAGGUUAACCAGAGACGACAUCGAGAGAUGAGGCUGAUAACGCACAACAUGCUCUCCUGCAACAUCAAAGGAGUCACGAACGGCUUUCCCCUCAAGAUCGAAGCUGAGAAAGUCAUCGAGAAGGAAGUCGAUUUCAACCCCGAUUUUCUCAAACACAUGUUCGCGAAGAUCGAGUGGAAGGCUCUGGUGGAAGCUGCUCGCGCCAUGGGGUACGGAGAGUUACCGGAAGAUUCUCCCGACGUGGCGGUGAUUGAGUCUGCAGACGAGACUUUCUUGAAGAAGCUUCAUCACGCGUUGCUGGAGAUUCACUUGGAGGAAGGCGCGCUUGUCUGCCCCGAGACGGGAAGGAAGUUUCCGGUUAACAAGGGGAUCCCUAAUAUGCUUCUCCACGAAGACGAGGUUUAAUUUGGUUAAAGAUUUAAAAUCAUGUUUUGGUUAUAAUGUUUUGUUAGGGUUUUUUUUGUGAGAUUUGAUGAUGUGUGUUAUUGAAUUUGAGUAAACCGAUUUGAUGUUUUGCGUAGUGUGAAUCUCUGUUAAACCGGUUUAGUUAGAUUUGAUCUAUCUGAUAAAAAAAUCAAUCGCAGUGGUUCACUCUUG